UCGCGGGGUCCCGGCAUUCACGUCGCGCCCGUCAAACGGAAACGAACGUCGCUAGCACGCAUGCGCCCGCGCCCGUCGGCCAGUGGAGACACAAGCUCGUCGCCGUCAUCGUCGUCGUCGUCGUCGGAAUCGUUGUCGGUGGCCGUCACUCUCGCCAGCCAAGCAAACCGGGUGGCUUUACCGUUGGUGACUUUCGCGUGAUUUUUCGGCGGUGCCGCGCGCCGUUAUUUGUUCUGUGUGUGUUGUUAUCCCCUCCGUGCUGAGUGAUAAUUUCCUCAACCCCCGCCACAUACACGCACACACCCUUCUGCCGGGUUGUAGGUGUGUUCUCACGUGCGUACGUGUGUGUGUGUGUGCUAUCAAUUGUGAAAAGAGUGUGAUUGUGCAGGGCGUUUUUUUUCUUGUGUGCGCCCCUGCUUUUCGUGUCCAUCGGUUCAAAGAUAACGCGUGUGAUUUCGGUGCCGUUUUGUUUUUGUCUACCUGAAAGGCUACCCCGCAGUCGAGCGGGGUGAGUAGUGGUGUGUGGGUUUUCCACUCCUUUUCGCGUCAAGUGUCACGUCCAACAUACUUCGCUGUGUUUAGUGUGAUCGAAGGAAAAGGCUCCGCUGAUAAUAGGAUCGCAAGAAGAAGGAAAAAUCAAUCGAACGCAACCCAUCCUUCGAGCAUGUGUGUGUGUUCUGUUGCUCAUGCCUCUGUGCGGUGUAAGUGUGUGAAUAUUUGAUCCAGUUUUUCCAACGCAAAGCAGGGAGACGAGUCUUAGUACACGACCGCCUCCAAGGUAAACUGUGGCCGUGGUUCGAGAAAAGGCAGUCACUUUAAAUGUCAAACGUUUUUCAUCAGCACCGUCUGCAAGUGACAUUGAUUAGCAACAAAGUCCUUCUAGCGGCAACCUGAGUCAUUUGCACGCGUCACUGAAGGGCGGCUUUUCUUCGGCGGUUGCUUUGAUUGCCACCUAAAGAAGACGGAUUUUAUGAAUCAGUAGGAUUAAUGUGUGUUGAAAAUUAAUCGAAAGGUUGUGGAACAAAACAAAAUGUGUGUGUAAAUCGUGUAUAGAGUGAAAUAGAGAAAAAAAUAUCUCCUCGGAAAAAGUGCCCCAGUAAAGUGUGAUGCAAUUCCAGUUCAAACCGUUCCCUUUUAAUGCAGUUCAAAGCUAGCAUUCGGUAGCCAGCGCAACCGCUCCAAGGACUGCUGCGUGAAAUUGCCAACGAAACUGUCAACCACAAAGUUCGCACCCGUUUGCCGUCCGUACGGUAGCGCUGCCAACAGACCGAACCUGCUGGAACCGGCUGGUGGCGUUGGUGUUGCUGGUGGGCAGCCCGUUCCGGUGCGGAACCGUUUCGUGAACACGUGCGACACGGUGGCUACGGUGACGCUGCACACGGCAGAACACGGGGUGCCCGGUGCGAGGACCCCGCUCGGUGUAGUACCGGUCAACAGCAUCCACCAGCCACCGAUCUCUCACAUGGGCGUGUGCGCGGAGGAGCGCCCCAUAAUGCAUUGGCACCCGAGUGCUCGGUUUCUGGGGCCGCCGCGAGAGCGCAGCCCGGACCUGUCGAACGCCUGCCAGCUCAACAGCAACAACAACAACCUCAACCAUCGGACCUGCAUCUCCUGCACGGACACGUGCGAGCACAGCCUGAAGGUGGCCGGCGGCAACGGUUUGCUGGGUGUCAACCAUCAUCUCUACGCGGACAGCUGCCACAGUUUCGAGUCACCCGAUCGGUUGAUAGCGGACAGACCAAAUUACUAUGCCGAUCUCAACCGGAGCGACUGCUCGGACAGCUCCAGCGUGCUGAAUAGCUGCAUCCAGCUCAAAUCGGAACCACCGGGCGGUCCGAGCAGUCCGGAAUCUUCCAACGAGUUACCGUCGACCGGGCUGGACGAGUGUGCGGGCUGUGAUAUGCCGAUUCAGGAUCGCUUCUACCUGUCAGCUGUGGAGCGCAAGUGGCACGCUAGCUGUCUACAAUGUUGCAUCUGCCGGCAAACCCUCGAAGGUGCCAAUUCCUGCUUUUCACGCGACGGCAAUAUCUACUGCAAAACGGAUUACUACAGGGUAUUCGGUUCGCGACGGUGCUCCAAGUGUUUGGCGUCGAUCAGUUCCUCCGAGCUGGUGAUGCGCGCCCGGCAUCUGGUAUUCCACAUACGCUGCUUCUCCUGCGCUGUCUGCAACACGCCGCUGAACAAGGGCGACCACUACACGAUACGGGACUCGGCCGUCUUCUGUCGAUCACACAUUGAGCUACCGCUGGAGGCGGCCACCACCCCGGGGCUACCGGGGAUGCCGAUGCAGUGUCCUUACCAGAGCCAGUACGGUACCUCGCCGGUCGCCCCGCUCAGCCCGAGCGACUCGACGACGAGCGGCGGCAAGCUGAACCCGGCCACCUACUACCCACCGCACGGCGUCACCGGGCUGCCGCAGCAGCCGCGCCAGAAGGGCCGGCCCCGGAAGCGGAAGCCCAAAGACAUCGAAGCCAUGACGGCUAGCCUCGACCUGAACACCGAGUAUCUGGACCUGGGAUUUAGCCGGGGGCUCGGUUCCUCGUCCCGGGCCAAACGGAUGCGGACGUCCUUCAAGCACCAUCAGCUCCGCACGAUGAAGUCCUACUUCGCCAUCAACCACAAUCCGGACGCGAAGGACCUGAAGCAGCUGUCCCAGAAGACGGGACUGCCGAAGCGUGUGCUACAGGUUUGGUUCCAGAACGCACGCGCAAAAUGGCGCCGAAUGAUGAUGAAGCAGGAGGGCAAAAUCAUCGACUCGGACAAGGGCGACGGUUCGCUCGACCUGGACGGGUACGUUUCGCACAGCCCCGGUUCCUACAUUAUGGGCGGCCCCGGCAGCCCCUCGUCGCUCGACUAGCAACACACGCAGUCGAGAAUGCAGUGGCAAGUGCAUCUUCGGCGCUGGAUACGACGGCUGCUGGCGGGUGAAGCAGGGCCGGCGGCCGGUGGUCCCGUCGACCAAAACGACGAUACCGCACCGCCGGUGGGUGCGGCGAAAGCUCCGUGAGUGAUUGUGAGAGCGUGCGAGUGGGGGAAGGAGGGGGGGGGGAGGAGGACUGUUGUGAUCCGAGACCGGGGACGGGGAAAGUUUUGGGAAAGUUGCUGUGCAGUCAGGGAGAGAGAAUAAGAGAAGUAACACACAAAAAACAGGUGCGUUAAAGGGCAGAGAGUGAUUGACAUCAGGUGCAAGCAGGCAGCAAGCAGCAAAAACGGAUAAGGAACACCCAAUCAAGCGAUCAAAACCAAUGGAAAAUUAGUUGUUUUUUUUUGUGGCAACAUGCGUGAAUGAGUGAAUGUGCGUGUGUGCGUUUGUGAUUUGUUGAUGAAGUAAGCUAAAAUGGAGAUGAAAAUGUAAACUAACUUCCCCAACUAACUUCUCUCCCCACACACCAAAGGGGGAGUUCCUGUGUGUGUGUGUGUUUGUGUGUGUGUUCGUGUGCGCUUCCCGGUGACUGCCCACGGUCAUGUCAUGCGGUAACACAAUGAUGUUAUUAUAUUCAAAUUUUCGGUCGCUUUUUUCAAUGCUCGUGUGCGUGUUGUUCUCUCUCUCUUUCCUUCAUUUCGAUUAUCCGGCCUGAUGGGCACAGCACCAAAAAAAAAAAACAAACUGUGCCCUGGAAAUGAGGGGAUCGUAAGAGAAAGAGUGAGAGAGAGGGAAAAUAUGUUGCAAGCAAAGGGAAUGGGGCGUGCGCCCAACCAGCAAAGGCAUAUACAAAAAGGCCCAACUUACACCGCCCCGAACAUGCAAUGAAUGCAAUCGAAAGAGCAAGCAUGUCACGCGUUUGCCUUUGUAGCGGAUUCGAUUCUUCCGCCCGCUUCCCCUCUACCGUCAGCAUUCCUGUGCGCUCUGAUGGGUGGGGGGGGGGAUGGGGAUGAAAGCUUUCGGCACCGGCCAAAGACCAUGGUUGCUAUGUGCGUUUGCUCCAUGCCACACUCCCCAUGCCAACCAGUGCCAGUAGGCGGGUACUGGCGUGAUGGAAAAAUCUCACCGCAACGAAACGGCACGGCAAAAACAGCAACAACAGUCCAGCAUGCAGGAAGCGCAAUAGUGAGCAAAGAAAAAAAAACUUGUAGUGCAAGCAAUAAAAAAAAACAGAAGAUAAACUGCAGAAAAAAAUGAACAUAAACAACGCCCAGUACGAAAAAGCAGAGCGAGAGAGUUGAAGUAGUGAAGAGAAAGGGAUAAAACGUAAAACACAAACGAAACUUGUGUGUUUGCAAGAAGAAGAAGAAGCUAAAGCAGAGAUGAAAAGAGAAGAAGCAAUAAUAUUAACAGCAAAAACAAGCACGAACAAAAAAAAACGACAGCCGCUCAUACAGUGCCACAUACACGUGGAGAGAUGUGAAGGACAAGAUAUAGAACAAGAGAAGAGGCAAAAGAACAGAGCAAUGAGAACGGAAGAAAGAAGACAAAACAAAAAAAAGCAAGUACAUUUUAUAAAACCAACGAAUCCACAACGAAUAGAUGACUGAAGUUGAUGGGCUUCGACGAGCGGAAGGCAAACUGUUUGAAAAGCUCGUAGAAAAGAAGCGAAAAGAACCAAACACGAGCCGCGGGAAGUUGGAAACACAGAACACACAGAAUAACAUACACACAUAGACGGAGUGAAGGGGUAAAAAAUGGCGGUCUAGUAUAACCUGGCUAGCUAAAACAUCAUCAUAAACACAGCCAAACACACACGGUUGAUCGCGUAUGGAAGAGAUUCUUAAUAAUAAUGUAUGCACAUAUGAUUACGCCUUGCAGGCGGCAGCAUAGUCGUGGUAUGAUUUUUCUCUUGUUUUCCAACCGUUCAAACAAAACAGUCUGUUAUUUUUUUUGUAUGUUGAUCUAUCGUCUUCUGGUCAACCCUCCCGUGCUGCUAUUUGAACGGCCAUUUUUUUUCGCUGGUUUGGUUGCUCUCCUCGCGUAAGAACCGGUGAGCUUUCCAUGUUAAAGCUGCGUUCGGUGGAGCUUGUGUAUCUCCCAAAGGGGAUAAUCUCCAUUCGUUUGGUGACAUUGCUCAUUGAUUUGAAUCGAAGUUGAUUGAUCAAUCUCCCUGCUCUGGGGCGCACCACGAACGAUUGUAUCCGGCGUGUACUCUCGUCCCCUUCUCGAACGGGCUGGAGACGCUCAUGAAUUGCAAAUCCCGUUUGCCCAGUCGCAGGAUAAUCCUCAAAACCACACACACGCACACACACAUACAAACGCAUCGUAUCCCCACAAUGGAUUGUAAUUCCUUUUCUGUUUGUGGCGUUGUCCACUGCGUAUCCUUCGGUUGGGCUGUAUCUUUGCUGUAAUAAAUUCAAUUCAGCGCGUACACGGAACGGCAAUCACCUUUCUGGGUUUCUGGUCAUUCUUUUGCGGGGUGGACCUGCUGCCUGCUGCUUGUCUUGUUAGCGGAAACGUUGACCCAUUCGCUCGGUGCUGAUUUCCAUUGAAUGGACGCAUUAAAUUUAAUCGUACCGGCUCUUGUCGAUCGAUUGGGUUGAGUGUUUUUUUUUCUCCUUUAAACAUCGAGAAAGCUCACGUUGCAAGCAUCUAAAAGUUAUCAAUCUUUAAACCAAAUUCUCCCAAAAAAAAACCUACUUCCCCAGGCCAGUCUGGCACGGCGCCCGUCUCAAGCGUGAGACAAAUGUAAAAUUUAUGAAACAAAAUGGAGCGAAAAUACUCAAACUGUAGGGUACUACACUAGGAAGUUCAUAAAUUAUGACGUAACGUGAAGAACACAAGCAGAAUUUGGUGUUUUUCCUUCAUCUUUUAGCCUCGUCUGCUUCUCGCGGGACGUCACGGGGACACGGAACUCAGCAUGAGGAGUGAGUUAGGAUAAUUACGAUCGUUACGCUGCCGCCAGCUGGUAGUGGCGCCCUUUCUUCCGGGGGGUGCGGCAAAGAAAGGUGAAAGUAAAUACAUGUCCGCUCCUCGAACCGACGCUCAAAACCGAUGCUCAAAUAAAUAGGAAGAAAGCAAAAAACAACAAACGGAACAAAUUUCAAAAAGGCAAAAUGCCGGGAUGUGUAGCACUAGAAGUAAGUAGUCUUUGCCGUGGUGGUUGGAGGAAUCUCACACCCCUCAGACCAGCGCACGCGGCGGCACUCUGUACAGACAUUUGAUAGCGAGUAAGCUUAGAACGUUAGCCGUCUUUACCUUUCUUUUUUUCCUUUUUUCCCCCGCUUAAAAGAGGAAAUAGUGGAAUAGAACAAAAAAAAACGUGUUGUAACAAUGCGAGCGAGAGACACCAUUUUCGAUAGCAUCCUUAGAAGCAACGGAGCGAGGGGAAAAUUCUUAUUUAUAUCAAAACAAACGAAAAACGUAGAUUUAGACAGUUUUAGGCAGUAACUAUCUUUAAGGAGCGUGUACGUGUGUGUAUGUUUGUUUGGGGAGGAAAAACAAUCGUUUAACUAGUGAUGUAGGCAAAAGGUAUGGAAAUAAUUUUUCGAUUUUUCCCUCUUCUCAAGCUACGAUCCUUCGGGAAGAUGAAGUGAAAACAUAUGGAAAAAAUAGGGAAACAUUUCUUGCAGCUUGGUAGAAUGAACGGACAAAUAAAAAAGAGAGAAAACAAGAUAAAUUAAAACACUA